AUGGGUAAUUGCUUAUAUUCAUCAUCUAAAGUGGAUAACAGCCGACAUGCUAAUUCAGCUUCCUCGGCGUCUAACGUUUCCAGCAACACAACCCAUUCCACAGUUCCUUCAGGGAGCAGUAGUUUAGGAUCAUUACCAACGCAGCAUAGGACAGAAGGAGAGAUACUUUCAUCUCCAAACCUAAAAGCUUUCUCUUACAACGAACUAAAGAACGCAACUAGGAACUUUCGUCCUGAUAGUGUAAUAGGAGAAGGAGAUUUUGGUUGCGUAUUCAAAGGGUGGAUUGAUGAAACAACUCUCACUGCUUCACGACCUUGUUCAUGUAUCGCUGUUGCUAUUAAGAUGCUUAAGCCUGACAGUUUUCAAAGUCGUAAAGAUUGGUUGACUGAAGUAAACUAUCUUGGUCAACUUUCUCACCAAAAUCUUGUAUUACUAAUUGGAUACUGCACCGAAGGAAAAAAACGGCUUCUAGUAUAUGAGUUUAUGCCUAGAGGAAGCUUGGAUAAUCAUCUUUUCAGACGUCGUCCACAGCCACUUACGUGGGCAAUAAGGAUGAAAGUGGCAGUAGGUGCAGCUAAAGGGCUUAAUUUUCUUCAUGAAGCAAAGUCACAAGUUAUAUAUAGAGACUUUAAAUCUGCUAAGAUUCUACUAGACGCUGAGUACAAUGCCAAACUUUCUUAUAUCGGUUUGGCGGAAGCAGGUCCUACUGGAGAUGAUGAUGAUGAUACACAUGUAUCUACAUUUUUCAUGGGUACUCGGGGAUAUGCAGCUCCUGAAUAUAUCUCCACAGGUAGAUUGACGGCAAAGAGUGAUGUGUACAGUUUCGGAGUGGUACUACUGGAACUAAUAUCAGGACGACGUGCCAUGGAUUCAAAUAAUGGAAUCAGAUAUAGUCUUGUGGACUGGGCUAAACCGUACCUUAACAAUAGGCGGAAGAUUUUUCGUGUAAUGGACACGAAACUAGACAAGCAAUAUCAACAAAAGGGAGCUUAUACAGUUGCUAGUCUCGCGUUGAAGUGUUUAAACCCCGAGCCAAAGCUCAGGCCUAAGAUGUCAGAGGUUUUAGUCAAAUUGGAAGAGCUGUGGAAUCCGCUGCCAAACCUGGAAUAAAAUACACUCAAACUGAAUCUCUAAGAGCUCGUCUUUCCUCUGCUAUGCAGAAUGUCUUGUAAGAUAUAGUCAAGAUCGACCUCUGCUGAAUAUAAUUCCUGAUGCAUCCCCUUUGCAUUCUUAGAGUCAAUCUCCGCGUGUAAGAUGAACGUAAAUAAUUAAUCAUGUUCGUGG